AUGGCGUCUCUUUCUCCGAAGUUAGAUUCAAUUUUCAAGUAAGUUUUAGAUCCUUUUUCUGUUUGGGCGUAUUACUGUUUGAAUAGAAAGAUAUUUGUGACUCUAUUAAGUUCCGUACCACUGUCUCUUGAUUUUAAAUUGGUCUAUUUCCUCCUUUGCAGGUAUGUGGAUCAGCACCAGGUACUGUGAAAGCUCAAUGAGACUUGAAUGAAAGGUGUAAUAAAUUAAUGUUCAUCGUUUUAUGUUCGGACAGUCUAAUCUACAACACAACCACCGCGGGUCUUUUGAAUAAUAUUUUAUCUUCGUAGGCCUUUUGAAAUUAAAAUUAAGCUUACAGUAAACUGAUGAUGAAAUAAUUUAUGCAAAUAAGGAGAACUCUAAAUAUUAAAGAAUGUUAAAAUAAGCUACCCUUUUUUUCCACAUUGCAUUCCCUUAGUACGGUUGAUCUAGUUGUGGAGAUUUUUCAGUUAAUAAGACGCUGUCCUUUCAUAAAUCCAACCCCCCAAAAGUGUUUGAUUGCCCCACAAAAAGACUCAGCCCAGCAAAAUUAAAAAAAAAUCCCCCACCCUCACACUCAAACCCUGUUUGGGAAAUUUUUGCAUUAAGGUGGGGCACUUUGACACCGUUCGAUCUGUUAUGGUGUUUUACUGAUUAUUUUAUAAAGCUGUAUUGCAAAAGGAUAUAGGAGAUGCUAAUCUAGCGUACAUUGGGGUAAACUUGCAUGAGAAUGUAGCCAGGAAUGGCAAAAUGGUAUACCUGCCAACUUUUUCUAAGUCAAAUACAAGCUAAUACAUGGGAUUUUUGUCUUGUUAUGACUGGGAUUGCCAAAAAUGUCCCAGUGACUUCCGAAGAUUUCCUACUUCUAAAGUGUUCCAAGCCUGAAAUGUUGCUGAAAGUGUCUGAUCAUGAAGAUCUUCUGACAAUCUUUGAGCACUUCUGAAGCUAUAAUUAAAAAAUUAGUGUACAUUGUGAUACAUUUCAGACACAAAGUCAACAUUAAGAGCCUUUUUUGGAAUAUUUCCCAAGAAACUGAAUGAAUUUUCAUCAUUAAAUACCAUGUGGCACGAAAUUUUUGCGAGUUCUAGUUUUUACUGUUUUUCCAGUGAUCUGCAAUUAUAUGUUCCCGCAAAUAAAAAUUACCGCAAACAUUUUUCCUGCAAAAAUUUCCUCCAGAGUAAAUAUUCUCUUACUUAAAUUCGCUACACAAAAGUAUAAUACUAAGAAAUUGUGUCUGUUCAAUCACAACUUGUCAAAAACAACGUAAUACUGGUUUAUUGUUUCAAAAUCUGUAUUUCUUUCUUUCUUCACGUACUCAAUAAAAAUGAAACUAUUAUCGAUGCUGGAUGCUGGGUACUUUCUGAAAAUUGCAAAAAUUAAUUCCUAGCAAGAAAAACCAAUCUGUCCUAAUCGAAAAAAUUAGUUCGCGCAAAACACAAAAAAAUCCCCAAUCUGCUGAAAUAAACUCCUGCAAAAAUUUCGUGCCACGCGGUAAGUCCUUUUUUAAAAAGCAGUUCAUCCUGAUUUGUGAGUCAGGUGAGAGAAUUUGCCCUUUAUGCAUGAGAUAGAUGUCUUGAGUCCACAGGCGUGAGGCCUAUGCAUAAUACAUGAGAGUUGGCAGAUAUAACAUGGAUCAUAGAUUUAACAAAAAUGUAAAAUAUGUACAACUCAAUUCGCACGUAAGCCAUCAGAGCAAUGAUGUUUGUACACAACCUUCCACCAAGAGAAUCAUAAUGCACACCUACUGUAUAGGACUAUACUGCAGAGAAAAUUGACCAAUCAGGUUACAGCUGGAAACUACAGAAAUGAUAUUCCAAGAAAUUGUUUAAGCUAAUCAACAGCUCGUAGAAAGCAGCUUGGUUACAAAAAUCACACUGUCAAUUUCCUGGAGUCAUGCAUUGUGAAGAACAUGACUCUCCAUCAGUUUUUUUUCCCUCUUAUUCUUAUAGGACCUUUAUGUGAAAAGGCUCAGUGAUGCUGUUGCAAUCCAAAGUGUUUCAGCUUGGACUGAAGAAAAGUACAGGAAUGAAAUUGUCAAGAUGGUCAAUCAUGUGAAAGAUGUACGGUGUUUGCAUUUUAUACUUUAUUAUUCAUGGCUGGGUUUAAUUAAUGUAAUCAAUCAUCACCUCCAUGGAAAAACCCAUAAUCUGAUGAACUAAAAAAAAUGUUUAUGUACGUGCAUAAGAAUUUGUUUUAAGUAUAAUAUUAUUUCCCUUCCAUCCAAAACAUCAUCAUACACUGUAUGUUCAGAUGGAGAGAUUGCGCCAAACAUGUGAACAUAUAUACAUGAAAAGGUUACGGUAAUAAUAUUUUCCUUUCUUUACGGAAGGUGAAAGGUGUUCUCUGUGUGUUUCAGUGCCAGGAAAUAAAUUCAGUCUUGUGAGGUAAAUUUAGAGCAGCUGCUAAGUGUUUUUGUUUAUUAUGGACUGGCUGGAAUCCUUAGAGUUUUGGAGCUAUUAAAUUUUCUUGGCAUAAUCAUGCUGAUUGCUUUCAUUUCGUGAACUUGUUGGUGUUAGCUUCCAGUUGACUCCAUUUUGAUGGUUUUAUUAGUUUUUCCAAAAUGUGUUAAUUAUAUUAAUUGGUUGACGGGGGCAAGGGGGGGGGGAGAUUAUCUGGAAUCAAUAUUAAAUGUGGUGUGAAAUGGCACAUUUUGAUAUGCUGUCUCAUCAGUGAACUGAAGAAAUGAUUAUUAGAGUCAUCAAAGUUUAACUUGCAGCAAUAUUUAUACUGUCUUGUUAACAGGAAGUAAUACGUCUGGGAGGAGAGGCUGAGUUAGCUGAACUUGGACCUCAAAAAGGUACUGACAACCUUCAACUCCCUCCUGUUCUGUUGGGGACACUAGGAAGUGAUCCUGCUAAGAAAACUGUAAGUUUAUCACAGUAAAAGACACAAAAUGCAGUUGCAAAAAGAAAACCUGAAAAAAUUUAGGCUUGCCGAGGAACCCUGACCUUUGAUAUCAGUGCCGUGCUGAUCUGACUAAUUGAGCUAGCAAGGCAGCUGAGAGCUGGUCAGGGCCACCCAAUGACUUUUUUCUGUAAAAUAACUGCUCGAAGGAGCAAAUAGUGCCUAGAAAUUUCUAAAGUUCGAGAAAGGCUAAAAACUUCUGGAUAGCCGUUCCAGUCAGCUAACAUAUUUGGAGUUUUUCUACUUUGUUACAAUCUACGAUUUUUGAAAGUUUUGUUCUUCACAUUUUAUUACCAAGCUACUGGGAGUAUUGUUCAUGAUUGCUAAAAAAGCAUCUCCUGAAAAUUUUGGUAUAAAGACAAAGCACCCCUAGAAGUUUCUUAUCAUAGUACGGCUACUCCAUUUCCUUGAACUUUCAAUCGGACCUAUCAGGAUAGGUAACAGUUUUGAAUGAGAUGAAAAAACCACCUAGAACUUUCGAAACGGCCAAAGUUCCCCUAAGACAGCUGAACAGAUAAAUAGUUUUUAACCAAACAAGCCUCUAAAACACAGAGAAAACCAUUUGAGAUGCUUGCGAAGUAUUAUUGGAAACAUUCAGUCAUAUGUGACCCUGGCUGGUCAUUUAUUUGGCAUGUACCCGGGAAAGAUGAAAAAACAAUUAAAGCCUGAAAUAAUUUAGGCUUACCAACAAGCCUAAAGGGCUAUGUUGAAACAGUGAGAUUCAGAAUCAUGAUAUCAUGACUAUUACUAAAAACUGGCUUAAUUUACCUGAGGAUGGAUAUAUUACCCUUGACAUAAUUAUUCAAGGACAAUCCCAAACAUGUAUUAUUUUUUAAAAAUGAAAAAAAAAAAUUGCUAAAAAUUAUCAUUUAUGAGUGCAAUGAAAGUAUUUAUGAAAGUAUUUCUGGUUGUCCAUAAAUGAAGACAGUAAACUUGAAAACUUUAUCAUGUUAUGUUAUUGUCAGUGUCUAAAAUAACUUAUAUUAACAGUUAUAAAAAAUAUGCUAAUCAAUCCCAUUAAUUUACUUCUUCUAGUUGUGUAUUUAUGGACAUCUUGAUGUUCAACCAGCAAAACUGGUAAGAUAUUUUAAUUAAAAUUAAGAGGGCAGAGAUUCACAGUAUGGAUUCUGUUUAAGGCUGGGCAAGCAACCACUAUCAUAACUGGAACCUAGAUAACUGUCUUUCAAUAAUAUCUUGUGAAUGUGCAGUAAGAUAUUGUCUAUCUAGCUAACUGUCAGAUUUUUUAACAUACAGCCCUAUUGCAUUGGGGAAUAGAAGGGAGACACAAUAUUUUUUUUAGCUCUGCCUUUGCUUAAACAGUCAGGUAGUUGCAGCUUACACCCUCAGCUCUAGAAUUAGAAAUACCCAUGGCAUUAUAUAUAACUCAAUCCAUGUUAAACAAGGCAAUGGUAUUGGCCGACCCAUUUGAAUUUUACAACCAACCCAGGUCAAGCAUAGCUCCCAAGAUCUCAUUAAUGAAUUUAUUACUGGUGUUCUAUUAAAUUUGAAUCCAUUGGUAGUUGUAGAUUUCAGAUUCAUCUCUGCAUUUCUGCAUGCGUAGUAAGCAGUGAAUUCAGGGGCACCCAAUGUCAAUCUUCAGAAAAUAUCUGUUUUGAAGACGAUUUGAGAUCGAGAAUUUUCAGAACAUUUGUUGUAAAAUUUCUUGCUUGCCCGCCUCUCCUAGGAUUUUCGAACAUCUAAAAAAUGGUAUAAUUGCCCAUUUUUAACGGAUUUUUACCCUAAAAAGGUCAUCUAGAAUUUUUGGGAACCUUUUUUCUCGCUGAAAGUUUCAAAAAGGUAAGUUUUGAUCCCUAUAAUUUUCAGAUCACUAGUCCUUCAGCUAGGAAAUUCGAACAGAUGAAAAAUUCUUAGAGGAUAAAAAUAUGCCUAUAUCUGCUGUUUAAAUACUAAAAUACGUUUAACAAUGCUAUGUUUAAGUGGUUUUGAACUAUUUUCUUGUUGGGUGCCCCUGGUGAAUUCACAUGUGAAACUCAACAGUGGUCAAGCUUUCGUCAAAGUAAUUCAGUUGGAAAUUAAUAUUUUGAUCUUUUGACAGCAUGUACAUGUAGCUCAAUGUAAUUUGGUUUUAAGAAAUUUUUCAAUACUGGGAAAAAAUCAUGCCAGCCAUGCCUUAAUAUCCUCUUAAUGUAACAAUGGAAUAACACAAGUUGAAGUUUCAUAUUAAUUUUAUUGUAGGAUGAUGGAUGGGAUACAAAACCUUUUGUGUUGACAGAAGUUGACGGCAAGUUAUAUGGCAGAGGAUCUACAGAUGAUAAGGUAACUCAUGCAUGGGCUUCACAGAUUUAUAGGGAAAAAAAUUUAAUAUUAUAAGUUUCCAGGGUUAUUAAAGGGGAAACAAAAGGUAAAUUCGAGACUUUGCAAGACUGGGAGACCCUGGUUUCAAAAUUCAAGACUGAAACUUAAGUGUUGUUAUCAAUUCCGAGCCCAAGACUUUACUUCUAAAUAAUCCGAGCUGGAGACUCAAAGUGCUGAAGAUUUCAUGAUAAUGGUACAAAUAAAGCUAAAUAAAAUGACCGAAAAUGCCAAUGGAAGCUAGCGGAAGCCCACCAAUAUACCACUUUGUCUUCUUUUACUGUUUUAUUAAUCUCCUAGCUCAGUUCGAUAAGCUGUAUCCACAAACUCUGAAAAAUUUAACUCCUGAAGACCAAAUGGAAAGAAAAAACAACAAAUCUGAGACCAGUCUACAGGCAAAAAAGGAAUUUGUGAUGCCAAGAUGCAAAAAUCAACCUAAAAUGAGACUUUGAGACCCUCCAAACAUUCCUCCGAGAUUUCGAGAUCGGCCCAAAAUUUUCUGAGACCCACAUUUUUCAAGGUAUCACUCUAUACCCCAGUAUACAUUUGGGUUAUUAUUUUCAUCCUAGGCAAAGGUAAAGAAGGAAUCAAGCCAAAGGUCCAAGCGGCCGGAGCUUAUCCCAGGUCUCUUAACAAUGAGCUUGCUUAGGAGAAUUGCUAUUUCCCCCUGGAUGGUGUAUGCCAGACCAUCGCAAGGUCACCUCCCCCCCCCCCCCCCCCCCCCCCCCCCCCCCCCCCCCCCACCCCCCCCCCCCCUCCCCCUCCCCCCCCGCCCCAAAGCAACAACCACAAUCGCGUCGUUCUGACGAAAAAACCAAAACCACCCACACAACCCACAUCGACCCCCAACCCCCAUUUUUUUUCCAAGACCCCUUUUUACCCCCCCGGGAAAGGGGGCCAAAAAAAAUAAAUUUUCUUUUCUAAAGAAAAAAAGCAAAAAACCCCACGCUUGAACCCAAAGCCCCCCAAUUUGGGGUUUAAGGGGUUUACCCCCCCCCCCCACCAUCCCCCCCCUUUUUCUUUUUUUUUUAUUUUUAACUUUUUUUUUUUUUUUUGGGGUAUUGUGUUUUAUAUUUAUNGUGUGAAGAAUUAGGCCCAGUUCAGAUGCCGAACUUUUCAUGAGCUGAACCUAAUUCGAAUUAAGGCGUACCCAAAUUAUUUAGACCAACUGAAGUGAUUUAGAUGCCAAUCUUAAUUCCUGCUGAACUAAAUUCAAAGGAGAAAAAUAAAAUGCUCAUUUUGGUCCAACUACUUACAAAAUACAUUAUAAUAAUUUAUGCAUUAGGUUCGGUACAUGAAAAGUUCGGUGUCUAAAUCAAAGGCAUUCCAAAGUCGCUCUAAAGGUGAAAUUCCGAGCCGGGCCAGGCAAAAAGAAUGCCUGAACCGUUCCAAAUUGAAAAAGGCAUUCCUUACUGAUUCAGAUGCCAAACUUUUCAUGUACUUAAUUCAAUGUAUUAGGUUCAGCUCAUGAAAAGUUUGGCAUCUGAACUGGGCCUUAGUUGUCAAAAAGUAUGCAGUAUCUUGUUUCCAGGAAGUCAUAUUAAGUGACACAAAAGGUCUAUUAAUUAUGCAGAAAAUUUUGCAAGUCAAAUUCGACCUACAAUUUUGUGACUUCAUCACACGUUGCUGGUGAUAGGCAAGCAAAGGGUAAAAAGGAAUAUUUAUACUUUUUUAAUUAACAAUUAUUAUUAUUUUAAAAAAUUGACCUAUCUCCUUCUAAUAACUGCAUGGUCAGAAGCAACAUCUUAAGGUACGGAUGAAAGUUGAGUUACAUGUUUUUGUCUCUCACUUCGUACAACAUACAAUCCGCAACAAAAUUAGUUGAGAUACUUUGCCCUAAAGGGCCUCUCUAAGGUUUAACCACCCCCUCCAUGCAAUGCUGUGCUGCUGUUUGAGCUACCUGUAGAAAACAACAAACCCCCGAACUUUAAAUGCAGGGGAGGGGGAGGGGUAUUGAUUGUUUUGUUCUUCCAAACUUACCCCAUUAUGUUGUCACCGAUUGUGGCAAGUUUAUCUUGUUUUAGACAGGUUGAGACAUAAAAACGAAUUUGUUGGCUAAUUUGUUUUUUGCAGUUUGUCUUUGAAGGGAUGGAGGAAUCAGGCAGUGAGGGCUUAGAUGAGCUGAUCUAUGCUAAGAAAGAUACCUUCUUCAAGGUUUGUUUUAGUUAAGCCCAGUUCAAACGUCAAAUUUUUCAUGUACUGUACUUAAUACCUAGUUAGGUCGACCCAGAUUGUAUAGGUUUGACAGCUGAUUCGGACUUAAUUACUUGGACUCAAUUCAUUUUCAUGAUGUAAAAUGAUGUACAUUGCUUGCCAGUGAAAAUAAAUUUUUAAAUUUAUGCAGAGGGUUGUAUGGGCACAUGAGAAGUUUGAUGUUUGAAUCAAAGUCCCUCCACAGCUGAAAUUCUAAUAUGGGUUACUUGAUUGUCAAUCAUGGGUCGACCCAAAUAAGAUAUGUCGAACCUCAUUCACGAUUUAAACAUUGAUCUCUUAAUGUACUUAAUAGGAGGGAUUAGGUGUGGUACAUGAAAAGUUCGACAUUUGAACUCAGGGCCUUACUGAAGUUGGAAAAAUCUUUAAAAGAAUUUUAUAAUUAUUAUAAUAUAUGUGGAAUUAUGGAGUAAUUUGAUACAUUUGAUUUUCUUUUUUCAGAAUGUUGAUUAUGUGUGUAUAUCUGACAAUUAUUGGCUUGGCAAAAGAAAACCUUGCAUCACCUAUGGUUUGCGGUAAGACAACUAUUAAUAGCACAUAUCCACCUUUUGACUACUCAUUGGGGCUAGUAUGAAAAGCAUGAAUUUUGGUGUCAGAGUUGAGAGAGCUUAGAGUCGGUUGUUUAAUGGAAUAAGAUCUGAAGAACAUUCACAUGCAAGAAAGUCUUGCAUCACUUAAAUGGCUUGGACAGAAGAAAUAUAUAAGACAGAACAUUACAUAACAGAAUUAUCCACGGCUUGAACAACUGUGGCCAGUAUGAAAAGCGUGGGUGUUGGUGUCAGAGAGAUUAGAUUAAAUGAUGCAAUUAGAUCUAAAAAUCAUGUUGUCAUUGUCAAACUGUAGUUUUACAUUGAGCACUAAUGAAGAAGAGAUGUAUUUUCUAUCCACAGAGGAAUCUGCUAUUUCAAUAUCGAGGUUUCUUGUGCAUCAAAGGAUCUACAUUCUGGUGUUUUUGGUGGCACCGUGUAAGUGGUAACUUAAUUUUAAACCGUUUCAUUUCCAAGAUUGCCCUGCAUCUCUAUGCUGCAAAUCUGACACUCCUACCGGUUGGCUAUGAAAACUGAAAUAGAUUUUAUUGUACAUACAUUAGAGUGCAAAGCUAGCUGGUAGGGUCAGAGUGCAGGUUGGAGUGCUAUUUGGUGGCAGAGAUGCAGCAUGUCUUGAAAAGCUAUGGUGCUAGAGAUUUUUUCUUUGUUUCAAGGGAAAAAUAAUCCCUUCCUGCAGCAACUCUUUAGCCAAAACAAAAACUUUCCUUGAAAUACAUUGUGUAAAGCACUUUUGUGGGCAUAAUUCCAUGCCAAAUUCUCACAGGUUAUCCUUGAGGCUGAAAUUGCUACCCUUAGAAUACUUCUUAAAAUAUUUCUCUGUACACAUGCAGACAUGAGGCCAUGUCAGACCUUAUUUACCUGCUGGAUCAGUUAGUAGACCUGAAAGGUAAUAUAAUCAUCCCAGAAGUCAACAGAGAUGUGGCUCCUUUAACUGAUGACGAGAGAGCAACUUACACAGACAUUGAUUUUGACAAAGUGAGUAAUGAGUUUAUAGGAUUUGUUGGAUCGUUUAUUUGCUAACAAACUCCCUAUCAACCGUUUUAUGUCUUACUUGUUUGUAAACCUGUCAUUGUAUCAUUCAGCACAAUUAAAGCAAAAAAUUUUUUUUGAAGUUUUUGGUUUGUGGUAGGAGAAGCGUUUGAAGUGUCAACAUAAAUAGCAAUAAUUGCCCACGGCUAGCCCGAGAAAAUAGCUGACAUUUCGCGAUGUCAGGACUGGUUUCCCCAUGAAAUGGCGUCUAAUUGCUUUAACCAGUCUAGCCUGUUCCAGGCUCUUAGAUAGUGGGGAAAACUAUCUUGGAGCGCUGAAACAGGCUACAACCAAUCAGAAGCGCUGCCAAGAUAAGUGCAGUGACGAGUCAUCAGUAUGGAUGAGUAUGGAGUUUCUCUCGUUCCUCAGACAUGAUUUCGCGGGAAAACCAGUUGUGGCGUUGGGAAAUGUCAGCUGUUUUUUGGGGGCUAGGUUACAGCAGGCAAGUGCUAGUAUGCUAAGAUCGCUUAUUCAACACACGUACUAGCCUGCGUAGCAAACGUUUCUGUCAUUUCAUUUAUCGCGCGCGCGGCCAAAACCGAAAAUCCCGUUCCUCUGUCUUUCUUAGCUCCAAAUCCAAACGGAAACGCUUGCUAUGCAGGCAACACACAUACUUGAAAGUUACAUUCAGAAGAAACUGUUUGUGCAUAAUUAGGAAACAAAAAUGAUAUUAAAACUUUCGUCUGAAGGCCAUUGUUAAAAGAAAUCCUCUACUAUCUUGGAAUAGCGAACCCUUGUUUGAAUUUCUCCCAAAGAAAUGUCUUGGAUGGUUUGGUAUGUGAUUUUCAACAUCCAAACGACUCUUGUUACGCUAUCAUCACAGGAGUGUAACGAUAGUAAGCUGGCCUAAAAAACUUGAACUUUUUCAAAGUUUUCCGGGCGGUUUUCUUUGGCGCUCAUAUGUUCAGAGAGAAUCUCAUAAGAUUAGAGAUAACUUAAAGGAGCUUUACUAGUACAUUUGUUUAUUUGUCUGUUUGUUAUUUUUAGCAGGAAGAGACCCACUCCGUGAUUCUGUACUUUUCUCAAACCUAACCUGUUCGAGGCGUUUAAGUAAUGGAGAGUCAAAACAGGUCCCUGCAAAUUGUGAUACUUGUGAUGACAAAUAUUGUUUACAAACAUUUUGUUUCUUAGGAGGAGUACCGGGAAGACAUUGGUCACAACAAACUGAUCCACGAUACAAAGGAGGAAGUAUUAAUGCACCGCUGGCGAUACCCCUCUCUUUCCAUUCAUGGUAUGCCUUACUAUAAUUUAUAAAAUAAUUUUCUGCCGGUUACUAAUUUCACUGCUCAAGAAACAGGUUCUCUCCACCUUGUGAAGUAAAAUGUUUGUCUGACUGAUUAGCUUGGAUGGUCAAUAAUAAUUGGAGAACAAAACAUUGUGCACCCGUCUUCUCUCCCCUCUCCUCCAUAAACAAGUUCAAAAAGAGGAAGAAAAUUUCGUCGUGGCUUGUUUACCUCUUCCAUAAAAAAAGUAGGCGGCGUCAGUUUUCAAGUCAUGUCGUGCAGUGGCGCCGCGCAAGGAAAUGUACAAAAAAGUUUGCUUCAAGUGCAAAGUUGUUGUUUUUUUAUUAAACCUAUUGCUAUUUCGAAAGUCGUUGCCGUCGCUGUCGUCGGAUCUUAAGGUCCCUAAUAAUAUCCACUCUUACCAUCUCUCGCACUGGAAGUUGAAAACCAUUGAGGUGGUCAGACACUAAUUAGCUUCAGCAGUCGCCCAUCGAAAAGGCCCACAGCAACAACAACCGCAAAGAAAACCUUUUCUUUGUUUUCUUUAUUCAGGCAUUGAAGGUGCCUUCUAUGAACCUGGUUCGAAAACAGUCAUUCCCAGAAAGGUGCGUAUGUGUUGCUUUUGUGCUUGUUUACGAUAUUCCAAUCAGGUGGUCAAUACUUGGCUGACUGCGUCAGGUAAAAAUUAGACUUGUUUGGAUUCAUCAAUUCGGUAAAUUUAAACUAUGAGCAAAAUUUUUAAACUUGAAAUCCGGAUCUCUGAAGUUGAAAACUGAUAAAAGCUUUCGACCUCAACCGAAGUCUUGUUCACUUCUGCGUCAGAAGGUGUUGUGCUGGCGCAGACGUGAACUUAAGAUGUCAGUGGAGGUCGAAAGCUUUUAUCAGUUUUCAACUUUAUCCGGAUUUUCAUUUUAAAAAUUUCCCUCAGAUAAAAAUUAGUUAAGCUUGGAUACCAUUGCUACGAUUGACGACUACGUGAAUCAGUUUAAAAAAAGCCUUUGAGCCACAUAUGCAGUCAACUGCCUUUUUACUUCCUUUUUAGUGGUCUAUAUGUACGUCAGCGAUCGCAAAGAUCGCAAAGUCGAUCUUUAAUAUAUAAAAUUAUUUGGUGUGAAGUUUUCACUGAAAAAAGUUGUUGAUCCACAUGUGCAGGCACUGUCAUUCACACUUUUUCAUUUUUUCAGGCUUAAAGAACGACAAAUAAACAUCGGGCGAAUCGACUUACGUCUGGGCGAAAAAACUAUCGGGCGAAUCGGCUUACGUCCGGGCGAAACGCCCUGGUACCACUUCAAGGACGACAAAUACAGUACACAUUGGGCGAAUCGCCUUAAGUCCGGACGAACUGCCGCUGGGUGAAUCGACCUUUGGGCCAAACGAACUGAUACCGAUCAAAUUAUUUUGUGCUACAAUCGCCCCCCCCCCCCCCCCCCCNAGUUUCUGUUGAAACUAACGCCUUCAUUUGUUCUAGGUGAUUGGCAAGUUUUCAAUCCGUUUAGUACCUAAUAUGACACCUGAAACCGUCAAGGAACAAGUUUUCAAGUAUAUCAAGGAACUUCAUGAAAAAAGAGGAAGCCCAAAUACUCUAAAGUAAGUAAUAAGCCUUUAAAAUUUUGUGAAAGAAUUUCAAGAAAUUCUGGCCGCUGUUUUAUGGAGGAUGAGCUGUGAAAACAGCUUAGCUUGUAACACACUUGUUUCACACUAGGGAAAUUUUAUCAUUUUGUUAGCUACCUUUAUCGCUUUACAAUUGCCUCGGCCGCUUUCUUAUAUUUAGCGAAAUCAGUCAUAUGGCGUUGCGAGUUAUUGACGCCUGUUCAUGAACUUGCAACGCAAGAAUUGUGCAGGAAAUUGUCCGCGCAUCCACGUUACACGGCAUCAACUUUGAACGCAACACCGUUGCGCUGAGGUCGUUGUUGCGAAUCUUUCUCUGUGGCAUCAUCUUUAGCCUGACAUAUCUUAACAAUUUCGAGCAGAAUUAAACGCAAAAACCAGUUUGAUUAACCAGUUCAUUCUUUUAUUGAUUGACUGUAGUCGGUAGAGUUUUUAUUUUUAUUUGGGUCUUGAAGCAAGGAUCCUUCCGAGCGUUGCUUUCGCUGCUUAGAAGGGCUCUCCGGAAAAUAUCCAGAAGUAAGGGGAAAAAAAUAAUGUAGGCGGCAGCGUGUUGGUGGAAAGGUGCUUUAUGUUGGGGGUAGGUGUGGAAAUAGGGAUCACCCCCUCCCCUUCCAUAGAAGGUAUCUGGGGGCCUGGUAACAAUUUAGAAUUGUGAGCCCUGAAAAGUGAAUUUGAGUGCAUUUAGCGCGACCAGGGAAAUAAUUUUAGCCAUGAGGAUAGCAUCUUUAUUUACCCACAUUUGGUUAUACUUUAAAUCUUGUUUCCUUUCAUCCAGCGAAAUGUGCGAAACAAAUGCGAUAAAUUUUUUAUCCUCAGUCUCCUCAAAAAAGAAAAACAUAUAUAUUUUUCUGUAAAUGGUGGCGCUUCUUCUUCCUUUAUUCAGCUUUAUGACUAGACGACGAUAUUAGACAGUGGCCGGAACUUUUGGAGAACCCCUUUAAAUCACACAAGCACUGAAUGUGCGGACUAAACAUGUUUCAUAAACUAUCUUAGCAAUUUAGGCAAAUUGUUAAAGUUCUCAACUGUCAAAAUGUUAUUCAUCACCAACUUUGUCAGAUAUGGGUUUUGCUGCAACAGGUACUCCACGUUAGAAAGCCGGCCUGUGUUGUUAAUGAAGCAUUUUUAUGCUUCGAGGGUGAACACAGCACAAGUGUACAUUUAAUGGCGACGGGGGGGACAUACCAAUACUCGGGAAUCUGGAGCAAUCUGGUGAGGUCGCUGCGUUUGCGUAGUGGCUUAUUGGGCUUAAGAACUUGGUUUAGUGUAUUCUAAACGAAGGCCAAUUACCGUGCAAUUUUCAAACUUCACAUCGCCCGUUUCACUGGUAUUAUCACAAAUAGCAGGGAAAUAGGUAUUUCAGUAAAAGAUUUAAUCGUGGUGUUGUUCCGAGUUACUCUUGCCAGCUCCAGGAGUUUAAGGCCGGAACAGAAUACUAACCGACAUUUUUCUGGUUUGGUCGCUUGUCGCUUGUAUUCAACGAGAUUUUAUCGCUUCCCUUCAAGAUUUAGCAAUUUUAAAAACACAUUUUAUUUGGUUAUAGUUUUGUAUCUGAGAAAACUGGAAAACUGCGAUAAGGUUUUUUAUUCGAUUACAAACUGAGUUUAGCAGCAUAGACGAGAAUUAACUCAAAUCUAUAAAAUUCGCUCUGAUCGUUGCGUAAAUAAGACCCUUAAACUUGAAAAAUGUGGGUGUUACACACGAUGGUACAAACAGGCUUACAGCGACCUUAUCAGUCUGUGGUCUGAUGAAAAAUUUGGAGUAUUUGCGAGAACCCAGUAGGUCUCCAGUUGUUCGAAAAAACUACUGAAUUGGUUAUAAUAAACAACCGCCACCCAACAGGAAGCGCGUCGUGUGACUGUUUUUCCCGCCAAAAAAGGAACAUACAAGACCUCGCCACGUAACAGGGCGAGGGAACAGGGAAAUACAUUGAGUGAUCUGAGAGUGUUCGCGGCAAUUCGAUCACAGUUGAUGUACGUGACCUGACACCGUGCGUGACGCACUUUUAGGGUCAGCUUACACCACAGCGGUCCACCGUGGGUUAGCGACAUCAACCACGUCAAUUAUCAAGCUGCUAGAAGAGCUUUAACAACUGGUUAGUAACUGUUACAGUCUUUUUUUUUUUCGCUAACGUAACUAGUGCGAUGCAGGAAGCAUGGCAAGCAACCUGUCCAACUUAACUUUUUCCCGCCAUUCUGUACAAUGGAGAAGAGAAGUGAUGACGUCACAAAAAUCAAAUUGGGAAAUUAUGGGAUUAGUUGGCAUAUUCAGUAAGAACAAGAUUGUUGUUUUUGUUUUGUUGUUUUUGUUGUUGUUGUUUUUUAAUUUCAAUUACUAUAAUUAUUCAAUUACUAUAAUUAUCACAUAGCAUACAUACACACACUGACUACAUGCCUAAACACACAUGCAAUAAUAUAAUCACCAUAUCAGCCUAUUUAGGUGCUAUGCCUAUAUUAUUUAACAAGUGCUAUAGUGCUUUUCGAAAACAGAAGAAACUAAAUAAACUACUUAGAAAGUUCACUUGUAUGAUAAUUUUUGUAGUUAUAGGAGAAAUAAAUUACAUUACAAAGUCCACUUGUCCAUUAGUUUUUGUAAACUCUAACUAUUUAACAAUCAUUCCUCGAGCCCGAAUGGGCUCUGAGUCAAUAGCCUGUAAGGCCGAAGGCCGAAUGGGCUAUUGACUCAGAGGCCAUGAGGGCGAGAGGAAUAAUUGUUUUAGUAAAAUCCAACUAGUUGGUAAAAAAUAUCGAGACAAAACAACUUUAGCUAGCAAAGUGCGAUUUAGCCGUCAUUGUUUUGGUUUUCAAAGCCGGCGCUUUUCGCUACUACAGAACGCAGCAUUGAUAAUAAUCUAACUAUCCUAUCCUGCUGAAUUGUUGUAUCGUGUUGCUUAUCGCUUUGUAUUUCCUUUCAUUAGUUCAUGGCGUGCAGCCAGACAUGACUCGUGAUGGGUGUAGCAUCCCUGUGACAUUAGCCCUGCAGAAUGCAAUGCAAAAGAACAUUGUUCUCCUUCCAAUCGGCGCGUGUGAUGAUGGAGCGCACUCCCAGAACGAGAAAAUUAACAUUGUAAAUUACGUUCAAGGGGUAAGUUUUGCUCGUCUUCUGCUCAUGAAAACAAUUUUAUCAAUGCUUCCGCAUGUUGGAAGUCACACAGGAGAGAUAGCGUCGCGGCACAUCAGUUGAGGGAAAUGUUCGCUGAUGCUCUGAUACUCUUUAAUUCGUGCAAUGCAAGACGUUUUCCAAAUUGCUGAAAGCAAGUGAAAAAUAUAAUUCCUUAUUUUCUUCUUUUUCUUUUGUAGACUAAAGCUUUGGUUGCGUACUUGGAAGAACUGGGCCAACUUGCUGACCCGAAGUAGACAUCAAUUUUUAGGGUCCAGUUUGAAGAAGGGCACGACAUUGAAUUGUUUUUUUAAUAUUUGUUUGGUUUUCGUUGAUCACACCUAGGCUCUCUCCAUGGUCUAUGGUUUGCUAAAUUCACUUUAUUGUCGAGGCAUAAUUGUUUACUCUUUCUAUCUUUACCUGCUCCCCUUUUUGUGUAACAUGGGGACUCCUAGCAAGUAUUUUCAACUGUGUCUGUAUUGUGCCUUGUAUCGUUUUGUGAUUUCUGUUGGCGUCAAAGUCUUAGUAGUCUCCUACUCUUCCGUUCUUCGUGUCGACUCGAAACUUUCCUCCUCAAGCUACAUAAAACGAACAACAUGUGUUGUAACACUGCCGCAUAGCUAGUCGAAUACCGAUGUAUUUUCCUCCUCAAGCUACGUUAAAACGAACAACAUGUGUUGGAACAUUGCUGCAAAACGAGUCGAAUGGCGAUGUUGUACGUUUUACCACUCACGAGUCAGGUAGGGGUGUUGAAAGUUGCGUGAAUACUAAAUUCUGAUUGGAUAAAAUUACGCGGGAGUCACUCCAUACACGGGAGUUAGGUCACUUGCUGCAAAACAAGUUUGCCUUGGGUCGCUAAAACGCGCAACAUGUACAGCAAAAUGUAGAACUCCUCUCUACUUUCUGCAACAGGCUUUCGCAGCCUGCAACAACCUGAACGUGGCUGUAGUAUCAUAUUAGGCUGAUUUAGCAACAGAACGGGAACGUCAGUCGACGGCGGCGGGCGCAAAUCAAGCAACUGACUUGACCAAUGGCUGAGCGGCAAACUGAGCACCGGAAGCAGAGUUUAGUCCUUUUCGCGCGCUUUGCUGUCGUCAAAUGACGUUCACGUUCUGUUGCUAAAUCAGCCCAAUGAUACAGCACAGAUCACUUUCACUCACGUGGUCAGCAACUUUUUUAAAGAAAAGAAAUUUUUUACGCGAGGAGAAAAGAGUCCAACCCAAGUCCCAGAGGAUUUUUGGGUUUACCAACAUGGCCGCUGUUUCAUUCUUUUCAGUGGUACAUUAGUAGGGAGCUUAAGCAACGACGACAGCGACGGCAACGAGGACGGCGAAGUUCAUUGAAAAUCCUUAUCUAACUGAUCUCACUGUAACUCAUAAUAUAUAGAAUAUUUUUUUUAUUAAAAGUGAACUUAUAAACUCAUGGCGACAGCUGUUUAAUUACAUCCCCGAUAUUGAAUCAGCCGUGUGCGUGAUGCAGCAUUGUUAACACGAUCUUCAAAAGAGCGGGUGAGACGACGCGACUGUCAUAGUGUCACAGGUCCUAGCUUGUGUUCAGAGGUGCUGGCCAAUUUUUUCGCGGGAAUCUCGUUAUGUGAGCUUCCGCUCGUCGUUUUUUAACUUUCUCGGUUCACGGGCAGGGUCCGAGUACACGUAGGCUAUAUGUGACCAGUUGUUGUACAGCAAGAAAGUCAACGGAGAGAGAAACUUGCCGCAUUUUACCUGAUUACCAUGCACUAAAAAGCGUCCAUCUGCAAAAUUUAACUCGCUCAAGAAAUUUAGUGUCUCAUGUUCACAAGGGAAUGGUAGCAAUCAUUUUUCUUUUUAUUGGAAUUGUAAUAUAGCAUAUUUUAUUUUAUUUUAACUUAUUUUCUCGAAUAUAUUAGCUCUACAGCUACUCUGUAAAUUUCGAGUAUAAAUAAAGUAUAAGUAUGUAUGUAUGAUUGUCGCAAAACAAAUUCCUCUCACGAGCCGACUGUUGAUUGUGAAUUUUUUUUUCUUUUCUUUUUUGGAUCGCCUGCUUGUCACUGAAUGGAGACGUCUCUCUCAUUUAUUCACUAGGCAUAUAAUUCAUUGCGCAUAUGUCACUUAUAGAAGCAGUAUGCUGGAUGUUUGUCGCGUGAACCAAGUACCUCCAACAAUUCUCCAUUGACUCAGUGGUAGAACAUCUGGACUAGUAACCAGAGCCCACUUGUUCGAAGGCCGAUUGGCGCUUAAGCCAGGGGUAAAUUUAACCCGGGUGUCUAUUUCUUUUGUUCAAAAGCAUUUUCUCGGAUGAUUUUCUCUUUUAUUUUUAAGAGCAUCCAAUCAUGAACUUGUUGACAAAAAGGAAUAAAACUGAAAUUACUUCAUAAGCUUCCAUAUCUGAAUUCAAAUUUCGCACUAACCCUGGGUUAUCUUAACCUAGCCGUGAACAAUUCGGCCCUGAAGGUCAUAUGCUUUCGAAUCGCCUUUGUCACUAACAUUUUGCGUCUUUCCUUUCAGCGUGACAAUGGGACAUGGAGGUCGGCCAUGGGUGAGUGAUUACAACCAUGCUAACUACCAAGCAGCCAGGAGAGCACUCAAAACAGGUUCGUCUUAGGCCCCGUUGAUUUGGAGAAAACAUGUCUUGGUAGAAGGGUCAUUCACCUACCCGAGUUACCCUGGGCGAGACAACUUUUCGUACAUUUCCGUGCAAAACUCGGAGAAGCGUUACAUAAGAAACAAGAAGUUGGCUCGGCUAGAAGGGUGGCUCGGUUAUGAAAAUACUGUAGCAUGGCAGAAAGGAAGGAAGGGAAGAAGGAGUCAUGGAUGAGAGGACAACAGACGUGCCCUCUUUACAAUAUAUAUUAACAUGUGAACAGUAAGCUCGGACGUCAGUAUACAAAGGCGUUACUGGCAGCCGCCUCGGUCCAUUUAUGAGCUUACUGUACCCACCCAACCCAUGAUGUGAAUGAUGUGGUGUGUGAAGCUUGACCACACUACCUAGUCUACGUCCCCUACUCUUUUCGAACAGUGGUGUGGGUUCUUUUACGUCCCAUAAGAACCAGAUAAGUGUAAGUGCUGUGAGAUGGGACCUACCUACUGUAUUCUUCUCUUCUUUACUGCAGUAUUUGGAACUGACCCCGACAUGACCCGUGAAGGUGGAAGCAUCCCCGUGACUUUAACUUUGCAGGAAGCCACUGAAAAGAAUGUUGUGCUUCUGCCAUUGGGUGCAUGCGAUGAUGGCGCGCACUCGCAGAACGAGAAGAUGGAUCGAAAGAACUACAUAGAGGGAGUGAGUAUCUUUGUGUUUUUCAAUGACGACAUGCUUUAUAUCUCUUAAAACCAUUUCUAAGAUAUCUGUACAUGCCAGUUUGUACGGUAAAUGCUAACUCGGUUUAAAAUCCCAAGUGGUAGGUCGAAACCAGUUGGUGACCCCCUCCCCUUUUGUAGGACCUUUCUUUUGAAAAUAAGUCUUUGUUUAUCAGCAGUUGGUGACCCCCUCCCCUCCUCCCUUAUUCUUGAAUGAUAGAUUGUUGCUGGCGAGCCUUAUGCGAGACAGCACACUAUUCUCUACAAUAGCGGUAAAAACCCAAAUUUGUCGGAUGUAAGAUCAGAAACGUGCGCAGUCGAUUGGUUUUCUUAUCAUCUGGGGUAUACUCCUGUGCGAUGACAUCACGUAAAACGCACGUGGACGAGAUCGCAGAGAAAUUUCGAGUAAAUUUUCAGCGAACAAGCAGAUUAUAAACGAGUCGAGCGUUAAGUAAUUGCUUUUUAUUUUAUUUUCUAGGUAUCUUAAAACCAAGGCCUCGUUUUUCGUGAAAAAAUUCCGAGAUAGCUCGAGGCAACAAGUUGCUCAAUAUAGUGGAACCUCGAUAUAACGAACCGCUCUCUAUAACGAAGUCCUCGGUAUAAUGACCAAUUUUGUUGACCCCAAUAAUAGCUCACUUCGGAAAAGAGUGAUAGCCUGGGACUCAAACUAAGCGCGAACGCAAGUAUGGGAUUGUUUGGUGGGACAAGUCGAGCAAGUCACCUUGAAUUAUGACGAGACAUGCAAGAUGUUGUGUGGCUUUGUGCACAAAUAACUUCAGGAACUCCCCUGGUCUAGCAUUUUAUAGAAUACCAAAGGCAAGACGUUUCCAGCGAGAAUAUCAGCAGAAUGUGUACAUUUUCUUCGGGGCGCUAAUUUAAAGCUGUUUCACUGUGCAUAAUUCUGGUUUUUCUCAAGGUGAAAUUACCCGAGGAACAUAUUCCUUCAGCUUUAGCUGUUUUAACCCUGCUAAAACAUUCCACUUCGCUUUCCGCUAUGUUUGUUUACAUUCGCUUUCCCCCAAAUAAUCCCAUAAAUGCGCGCGCGCCUAGUUUCGGUUCCAAGCUAUCACUCUUUCCCGAAGUGAGCUAUAGUAAAGUAUAUGAAAAAGAACCUGGAUAUAACGAAACCUCGUUUUAGCGAACAAAUUUUGCCAGUCCCUUGGCACUUGGUUAUGUCCAGGCUCCACUGCAGAGGGUUGCCUAUUAAUACAGCCUUGACUGUACAACAAAAUAAUGGGUACUUCUAGAUCAUUUAAUAAUUCGACAAGAACGGCUGCUUUGCAGAAGUAAUAGUUGUCGACUGUUAAAUUUUUAUCCAGUUGAUAACCACAAGUUUUACAAGUGAUUGAAGCAUCUUAGCACCACGCGAUAGCUUUUUUGCUUUUUUCACGUGUGAAGCCGCUGUAUUGCAUUAUUUUCUGGUGACUGAAACUUCGCUGUUUCUCUUCUUUUUACCAACAGACUAAAGUUUUGGCCGCUUAUAUGGAAGAAGUGGCCAAGAUCCAGUAG